AUGAGCAUAGGUGCUAAAUUGCUCGGAAUACUUACCGCAUGCUUCACCCCGGCUGACCUGAAGCGUCUCUGUCAUUUCCGUCUCUCCAGGGAGGAGAAGGAGCGCUGGAUCCGAGCCAAGUACGAGCAGAAGCUGUUCCUGGUGGGGCUGCCCCAGUCGGACGUGCCCCUGGGGCAGCAGCUGCUUCGAGCCGUGGUGGAAGAUGACCUGAGGUUGGUGGUGGUGCUGCUGGCCCACGGCACCAAAGAAGAGGUUAAUGAGACCUACGGGGACGGAGACGGACGCACCGCUCUGCACCUCUCCUGCGCGAUGGCCAACGUGGUCAUCACACAGCUGCUCAUAUGGUACGGCGUGGACGUGAAGAGUCGGGACGCUCGUGGUCAGACGCCGUUGUCCUACGCUCGGCGAGCAGGAAGCCAGGAGUGCGCAGACAUCUUACUUCAACAUGGCUGCCCCAACGACACCGGCAGCCUGGCCUCCGUCCCCACGCCCAACAUGAGCCGUCGCAACCCCAACCCCAACAUCAACAACAACAACGCUCAGUGUGAGCUCAACCGCAGUAUUAGCAUCAUGUAGGAGCCAGAGAGUGGCCGCAGACAAACACAUCCCACCUUGAACCCGCCCUAGUCUCUUCCCAGUACCUCCUCUGUUUCACACUGUGUAAUCCAGAACAAGCACCAACGCGGAGAUAUCAGGAGUGACGGACACGAUGUUGAUAUUCCACUACGCUGAAAGAAAGAA